AUGACUCAGGACGACCAGAUCCGUGCAAUUGGAUUUCAUCAGCAUAAAGGCGUCACUAGCAAGCGUCAUUUGCGGGUGGUUCGUCUGAGAAAUAUGAAUUAUUGGUUGGGAGUGCCACAGGGUUCGGUACUUAGACCGCUGUUGUUUCUGGUGUACGUUUCUGAUCUUAUGGAACAAGUAGAAAAAUCUGGUAUUUCUGCAAACAAGCACUCCGAUGACUUUCAGCUUAAUCCUGAUAAAACAGAACUAAUUUGGUUUGGCUCUUGUCAUGGUUCUACAUCGAUGCCUAUGAUGGGCGAUAAAUUGGAUUGGUUUAAUACCACUUUAGUCGGUAAGGCAGAAUUCUUUGCUUUCGUAGCCAGCCAUUGCAACUGCAGACCCGGGCAUCUUAAACGCCAUUUUGUUGCUCAUGAAAAUAUGGUAUAUGACGGUAUAUGA